AUGAAUGUCUGUAUUGACACUUAUUUUAGAAAAGUCAACAAGGAAUUCAAAGUUUUACAUGAUAAAAUGUUUGACUUUUUGUGUUCUUUCUUCGGGAAAACACUCCUCGACCCUAUUCUCAAAUAUGCACAUGAUAAGGUCAUAUGCGAGCGUGUACAACUGGAGUCUUUACAGGAAGCACAUGGAUAUUUUACAAUUAUGGUUUCGAAACAUGAUGAACACAAGUACAAUGAUAGGAUAAAAGCUGACCUUGAAAACGGAAAGAUACAUUGGUGUUUGAACAAUUCACAAAUGAAAUUUAAGGAAUACAGGAUUAAGAUUCGAGAUAUCAUAAAAGAUUUAGAGAUUAACUUAAUAAGAAAUUUGAUCAACAUCAAGGACGACAAUGGGAUUAACUCCUUCAUUAUUGCAUGUUUACGUGGUUAUGAUGAACUUGUUGAUUUUUUUAUUUCUGUUGGAGCUGAUGUUGACGGUCAGAUUGGAUUUUUCACACCAUUAACAGCUGCGUGCCAUGAUGGACACUUGAAGACGGUUGAAAUUCUACUUAAAGGAGGAUCAAACAUAGACAAUGCUAAUUCUCAAGGUGAAACACCACUGUAUACUGCUUGUGUUGGAGGCCAUUAUAGUUUAGUACAACUGCUCAUAGAAAAAGAUGCUGACAUUAACAAACAAAAUAAAUAUAGUCGCACACCUUUGUACACUUCGUGUAUGUUGGAUCAUGCAACCAUAGUUAGUCUUUUGAUUGAUAAAGGGGCGAAUGUUUACCAAUAUAAGGAUGUAAUAAUAGCUGCCACUCUAGGAGGAAACGAUAAAAUUGUCGAAAAACUAAUUACAAAUGACUGCUGUUUAAAUAGUGUCGACAUUGAAGGAAAAACCGCUUUAUUCAUUGCAUGCGAAGAAGGUUAUAUUAAGAUAGUAAAGUUGCUUAUUGAUAACAAUGCUGACAUUUAUAAAGUUGAUAGUCAUGGCAAUACGCCACUGCAUGCCACGUGUUGCGCUGGAAACUAUGAUAUAGUCAGUAUGUUAAUUUGCAAAGGUUCAGAUAUAAAUAUGAUCGAUGUAGACUUAGAGACUCCUUUGCACAAAGCAUGUAGGAAAGGCUCUCUAGGUGUAAUACAAAAACUGUUGGAUUUUGGGGCAGAUAUAAACAAGGCAAAUGGAGAUGUACACACUCCUGCACAUAUUGCAAAAUCCGAGGGUGCAAUUAUGGAUGAACACAUUUUGAAAUCUCUAGAGGAAAACAAAACAGAACCAACUGAACAGCAAAAUUUAACAAAUAGUAACAGAAAAAUAGUUACCAACAAUUUGAUAAGGUUUGGGUGGACUCCUUUAUAUGAAGCUUGUAUUAAUGGAGACAUAGAAACAGUCACAUCACUCAUCAGAAACAGAGCAAAUGUGAACAUGAAAACUGACUCUGGUGAAAUGCCUUUGGUUGCUGUUUGUCAACAAGGCCAUGGGUUCUUAUUACAAGUGUUGCUAGACAAGGGAGCUGACGUUGAUGAAGCAUUGUGUUGUGCUGUUCAGAAAGGUUACAUUAGAACGAUUAAUAUGCUUUUAUAUAAAGGCGGAGAUGUUAGCUAUAAAGGAGUUGAUGGGAAAUCCCUCUUGACAUUGGCAUGUGAACAAGGUUCAGUUGAGAUAGUCAAAAUUCUUUUAGGAAAAGGAGCCGAUUUAAAUGAUGUAAAUGGACAAACAUUGAUACACAUUGUAUGCAAAACAGAUGAUGAUGAUUUACUCAAGCUCUUACUAGAUAUGGGUUUAGAUCUGACCAUACAUGAUGAAAACGGAAGAUAUCCACUUUUUGUGUCACUGGAUAAGGGGUUUGAUAAUUUGUCAAAACAUUUAAUAAAACAAAGUUGUUCUAUAGCAAUAUCAGAGAGAGACAAAAAAACAGCUUUGAUAUCAGCAUUUGAAAGCGGAAAUAUGGAACUUUCAAAGUCACUUGUAUUGAACGGUUAUGCAGAAAACUUAUCGCAGUUUAAUGAAAUUAUGUUAUAUCAUGCGUGUAGGUUAGGACUGCGUGAAAACGUUGAGAUUCUGCAUAGAAAUGGAACUGAUAAUAAGACAAUAUAUAAGUUUAAAUAUACUCUCAUGAUAUUAGCAGACAUUGGCGGAAAUGAUGAUUUAUCGGAGUAUCUACAAAAUUCAAUCACUUCCUCUCUCACAAAUACGGAAAGACUGCGUAUAGGAAGGCCAAUUAAUAAUUAUUGUUUAAGCUAUGGUAAUUAUGAAGUUCAAAUCCAAGCAUGUAUGAACGGAGAAAUAAAAUUGGAAAGGACCAAAAGAAACUUUUUUGAUAUAUUCAUCGAACAAAAUGAAUCUAUUUGGUUUGAACAAACACCCUUAUGUCUUGAAAUUAGAAGGGGUCAAUCGGAUAGAGUUAAAUUCCUAAUAAAACAUGGCGUAAAUGUAAAUUUGACUUUCGAAGAUAGAAGUUUUGAUGCCCCCUUUUUAUUGUUUUCCAUGGCUGUUAAGUAUGGAUAUACUCCGUUGUUUGCAGCAUGUCAACGAAAAUGUAAUGAAAUAGUUAUUAUGCUUUUGGAAAAUGGAGCAAAUGUAAACAAGGCGUUGUAUGACGCAUGCAGGGAAGGUUAUUUGGACACUGUUCAAUUUCUUCUACAAAAAGGAGCGGAUGUUAAUUCAAUUGGUCGGUUUGGUCAGACAGCUUUGUAUGCUGCUUGUAUCGGCGGAUACUCUACAAUUGUAAAAUAUCUGAUCGAUCAAGGGUCUGUUAUUGAUACAAAAGUUAAAUGCGAAAGAUUUAUUCACGAACCUACAUGCCUACAUGCUGCAUAUCAGAGAAAUAAUUAUAAAACAGUACAACUUUUAAUAAAGAGAGGGGCUUCUAUUGAUACGGUUGAUAACUUUAAUCGAACUAUGCUAAAUAAAGCGUGUUGGGACGGAAACUAUAAAAUUGUUGAAAUACUUAUGAAUAAAGGGGUUGAUAUAAAUGCCUCUGACUCGUAUGGUGCUACACCUCUCGUAUUAAGUGUAUUACAAACAAUUGAGGAUAAACAUGAAGAAAAUGCCUAUAUUCGUGAAAUGAGAAACGAUUAUUCUUUUGAUGUACAUUUUUUUAAUCAAGAGUAUGUUACUGGAUGGAAUACAUAUAGUAAAUUAGACUUCGAAUCCAAUAUCAAUAACCACUUUGAAGUGAUUCAACUGCUUGUUGGAAACGGGGCCGAUAUUAAUAAGGCUGAUACGGAAGGCAGAACACCAUUGUCAUUAGCCAAGGAGAUUGGGAAUAUGCAACUAACUGAAAUAUUGUUACAUAAAGUCCUUUUACAAUGCAAAAUGUGA